AUGAAGGUGAUGGUUGUAUUGUUACUUGCUAUAUUCAGUUCUUACGCCUAUGAAGUCGACGCAGCGGACGUUGAACUUUUUACUAGCGAUGACGCAGAGGAGUUUGCGUUGAACGAUGUUUCAUAUGAGAAUGAGGAACAUGAGGCUGAGGACAUGAACGAAUUUGACGACAACGAGGACGCGACUGACGAUGAUGAUGACAACGAGGACGAAGAAGACGAUGACUCGAAGUUCGACGAGUACGAACUUGGUGACGACGACGAUGAUUUGUAUCUCGAAGACGACUUGGACGCCGAGAUCGAAGAGGAUAUGGAAGCCCUCGAGGCCGAAGAUUCUGAGUUUGACGAAGAAGACGAUGAUGAAGAGGAAGAGGAUGACAACGAAACAAACGGCGAGGAUGAUUUGGAGUAUCAACUCGGUGACGACUUCUUCUCAUAUUAUGGAAAUGCUUACUACACAGACCCAUUCGUACAAUUCUUUGACGGAUUCUCAGGCAACUUCUAUGGCCUCCCUUAUGCACUUUAA